CAGGGUGCAGCCAGAGCCCUGAGAAAGUGUCUGAGGGUGUCAUGACCCCGAAGGAGGUGGCCGAGAGCUCUGCGGUGAAGCCGAGCCCAGAAGUGGGGGUGCUUGGGCAGCUGGUGGAGGGAGGAGACUGCUGCAGUGUUAGGGUCAUGGUAGAGAGGGAGACAUGUCCCUGGUUAUACAGAGCCAGGAUUCUGGGAAAAGUUCUAGCAAGGGGAAUCAGAGCCUAGGAUGAGAGGAGCUCGGGAACUAGGGGCAGAGCCAGGGUAGGGAGGGGUCUGAGAGUGGAACCAGGAUGCAAAGGGGAGGGGCCUGGGAGCCCUGGGGGUGGGGUCAGAACCCAGGAGACGAAGGUGCCUGGGGGUUUGUCUCGCAUCCGGGGGAGUUUGACAGGAAUUGUCCGGGACCCCACGGAGAUGAGGGCUCAAAGGGUGGUGAGGGCACAUAGUAGGGGAACGGAAGCUUGGCUCUCAGGCCUAGGCUCCUAUCCUGUCCCAGGCCAGGUCCAGGCCCUGGACCCCGCCUAGCGUAGGCUAGUGUGUAUCCCUGGAACCAGAAGAGAGUAGGUGGGCUCUGGAGGCCUCCCAGGACCCCCGUAGACUCUGUGAUGCCCACGCCCCGGAACAUGGGUGGGCGCUAUGAGGCAAACCAGGACCUGCUGGGCACCCUGCGGAAGCAGCUUAGCGACAGCGAGAGUGAGCGGCGGGCCCUAGAGGAACAACUGCAGCGCCUGCGGGAAAAGACCAACUGCGCCCUGCAGGCCCAUGAGGACGCCCAGCGCGAGGUGCAGCGGCUGCGGAGUGCCAACGAACUCCUGAGCAGGGAGAAGAGCAACCUGGCUCACAGCCUGCAGGUGGCCCAGCAGCAGGCCGAGGAGCUACGGCAGGAGCGGGAGAAGCUGCAGGCUGCCCAGGAGGAGCUGCGGCGCCAGCGGGACCGGCUGGAGGAAGAGCAGGAGGACGCGGUGCAGGAUGUCGCGCGGGUGCGCCGGGAGCUUGAGCGCAGCCAUAGACAACUAGAGCAGCUGGGAGGGAAGCGCUCAGUCCUGGCCAAGGAGCUGGUGGAGGUGAGGGAGGCGCUGAGCCGCGCCACACUGCAGCGGGACAUGCUGCAGGCCGAGAAGGCCGAGGUGGCCGAGGCGCUGACCAAGGCUGAGGCUGGCCGCGUGGAGCUCGAGCUCUCCAUGACCAAGCUGAGGGCAGAGGAGGCCUCCCUGCAGGACUCCCUGUCCAAGCUGAGCGCCCUCAACGAGAGCCUUGCUCAGGACAAGCUGGAUCUGAACCACCUUGUAGCCCAGGGGCUACAGAGCAGCAGGCACACUGCUGGUGGGGGAGGCACGUCUGUGCAGAGGUCCACUGUGGUCUUCAGCCCAGAGCACGGACAUCCCAACCAGGGCUGCAAACUAGAGUUUGGGGCCCAGAUGGUGGGCUGGCCUGAUGGAACAGACAAGAACUGAGGAGACUCUCACCGCUACUGGAGGACCAGACUGAUGGGAGACAGAAGCUGUGCACGGACUGAUGGGAGACAGAAGCUGUGCAUGGGCCACCACCCCUUCAGGGGCACAGUUGCCACUGGCAUGCCUGAGAGUUUGUUUUCAAAAGAAUGUCUUUCAGAAUUUGUGAUGAAGAACCCAAAAGCAAAUGUGACAAAAUAAAAAAUAGACAAAUGGGACUUCUGCACAGUGAAAGAAACUAUUAAAACAUGAACAGAGUAAACAGACAGCCUGCAGA